AUGAUUUCAAGUCAAAUUAGGAGUCUAAUAAGGCGAUCUUACUUGUUGAAGUCAAAUACAAGUAGACUUUCAAUAAGGAGUUUUCAUUAUUCAAAAAUAUGCUUGAAUACAUCAACUGUAAAACCAGAUUCUGAUGCAACUACAUUUAUAAAUGCUAAUAAAGAAACCAUACAACCCAUCAACAAAGAACCAACUCAGUUACAAGCAAUACCGAAGGAAAAAUCUUCUACUCAAAGUUCAUCAGAUGAACCAUUUGUACCUGUGAAAUUUUCAGAUUUCAAAAAUAAAAAAUUUAUUCAUCCUACUAUUAUAGAAGCUUUAGAAAAAGCAGAAUUUGAAAAUUUAACUCCAAUUCAACAACAAGCAUUAAUACCAAUCAUUCAAUCUGAAAAAGGAGUAGUAUGUAGAGCCAAAACAGGUACUGGAAAAACAUUAACUUUUUUAAUUCCAACAGUUGAAAGUGCAGUUAGAAGAAUAAGUAAAAAUCCAAAUUUUAAAGGAGUUGAUUCUGUAAUUGUUGCACCUACAAGAGAUUUAGCUUUACAAAUAAGAGAUGAAUAUGGGAAAGUUUGUCGUAAAAUUCCAAAGAAAUUACAACCUAGAGUAUCAUUAAUUAUUGGUGGACAAAAGACUACUUUUAAUCCUAGAUCACCAAGUGAAAUUGUAAUCACUACACCAGGUAGAUUGGAGGCAGAUUUAAAAGAUAAAAGAUUUUCUCAAUGGUUUAAAAAUGUAUCUUAUAGGGUAUAUGAUGAAGCUGAUAGAUUAUUGGACGUUGGGUUUGAACCACAAUUAAACAGUAUUGAUAGAAUUUUAAAAAGGAUUAGAGAAGAAGAUGCCUUACCAAUGAAAUCUUUAUUAUUCAGCGCAACCGUUGAUGAUUCAAUCACAAGAUUCGCCCAACAACAUAUCAAUAGAAAAUACGACUACAUCAAUACAGUCCCCAAAAAUGAACCUGAAGUUCAUGAAAAUGUCACACAAAUAUUAUAUAAAUGUAAAGAUGGUAUUGAUAAAUUUCAAUCAUUCUUUAAAUAUGUUAUCAGUGUUAUAAAAAAUGAAAAAAGUCCAAAAAUCAUUUUAUUUUUACCAACCCAAACUGCAGUUGAAUGGUUUUAUGAAUAUUUAGAUGAAGCUGCUAAUUCUACCGCGUUAAUGGAUCAUUAUUUAGAUUUUGGAAUAUAUCAAAUACAUGGUGGUAGAACAGCAUAUCAACGUAAACAAGCAUUAAAAAAUUUUAAAGAUUGUAGAAAAGGGUUAUUAAUAACUACUGAUGUUGCAGCAAGAGGUAUUGAUGUUAAAGGUGUAACUCAUGUUCUUCAAUUAUAUCCUUCUUCGGAAGUUGCUGAUUAUGUUCAUAAAGUAGGUAGAACAGGUAGAAAUGGUGAAUUAGGUAAAGCAGUUUUGUUUACAACUGAAACAGAAUUACCAUAUGUCCAAAAAUUGAAAAGAGAAAGAGGUGUUAAAUUUAAGGAAACAUUGAAAAGCGGUGAUGAUGAAUCAACUAAAGAUAUUAAUAUGGAUGAGAUUAUGGCAAAUAUCAAUCCAAAUUUACAACUGACUAAUGAGUUUUUUUUCACGUUUAUGGGAUAUAUUUUGCAAAUUAAGAGUGUUUACAGAUUAGAUGGUAAUGAUUUGAUUGAAGAUAACGUUUUAUUAUACAGAACUUUAAUCAAAGAUGAUUACGCAAAAUUGAAUAUUCAGUCAAUUAGUAAAUCGAAACGUCAUUUAGAUAGAAGCUUGGUUAGAGAUUAUUUUGAACACAAAUCAGAUGCAGAAUUAGACGAAUUUAGAGAAGAAGUAGAUCGAACAAGUCAUAAAAGAGCAGGUAGAUUCAACUUAAGAUCUCGUGAUGAUGAAAGUGACGAUAGAUAUGGUGGAAGAAGUAUUGGAGGUGGAAAUAGAUCAUACAAAAGAAAUUCAUUCAACAAUGAUAGAAGGGAUAAUCAAUACAAAUCGAAUGAUAGAAAGGAUAGUGGUAGAAGACAAAAGCGUUGGUAA